AAUUCAGAACAUUGAUGAUUUCUGAGGGAGAAGUAAUAAAUCUUUCAAAGUUUAAACACAUCUACCAACAAGAAAUCCAUAUACGUGUGCUCAGAAUUCGAAGGGGGUGAGGAAAACAUGGCUUCUGCAGGAACAUGUGAAUGGCAACAAAUGACGGAGUUCCGAGACCACCCCCAGUGCCAUACAACUAAAUUAUAUGUCACUUACGAGAUGCGGGAAUCUGGUUAAAUUCAGGUGAGGUGGUGAUUGCGGGAAAAUCAUCAAGCUUACAUUUGUAUCUGCUCCUCGCCUGGGUUGAGCUCAUUCUAAGGUGGUAAGUAGAGGACCAUAAAUGAAACGAGAUCUGCAGGGGAGGGUCAAGGCACUGAGAGAAAUGUGAAUGAGAUGAGCAGUGAAAUGGAAACUGAAGCUGUUACUGAAAGGAUGGAUAUUAUAGAUGUAUCAGAUGAAUCUGAAGACCCUAAUGCCAGGAAUGAUGAUGUGCAUAUGAUAUCCGAGCAGUUACAAGACACUGCAACACAGAUGGACAUGACAGACAUAAGAGAGGCCCAUGCAAUUGAUGAAGAUGUGCCAUAUAGAAUUGAGAGUGCAGAUGGCCAUACAAAAUCCAAUGCAAUUGAGAGUAUGCUGUACAUGGUGGAGAAUGCAGAUAGUCAUCCAGACAAUUGGGAUUUGGGAGACAUUCUCAAAGAAAUAGAGGACUCUGGCAGGAACAUGGGUAUAGAUAUUGCUGAGAAAGUAGAAUUAAGAAGCAACAAAGAUGAAGUAACACUUGAAGAAGAAACAGAAGAAAGUGAAGAUGGACAAGGUAUACCCAAUGAAUUUGAAAAUGCAUUGUCUGAUAAAGAAUUAAGUGCCCUCUGUAAGGAUGCUUCAAAGGCAUUUUUUGAUGAAUGGGGACUGGUUAGCCAUCAGAUAAAUUCAUUCAAUCAUUUCAUGAGCCAUGGGUUGCAGAAAGUGUUUGAUAAUUUUGGAAAGUUUGAUGUAGAACCUGAUUAUACACAAAGGAGACGGGAUGGGUUGUGGUAUCGGGCAUCCAUUUCUUUCGGUAAGGUCACUGUGGAGCAGCCUUCCUAUUGCAGCAAGGAAGGCAAGAAACUGCUGCUAAAACCUGCCGAGGCUCGUUUGCGGAACAUGACAUAUGCAUCCCCUAUAUAUCUAGAAAUUACAACAAAAGUUUACAUCCAGGAGGGGAAAAAAGCAGAUGACAAUACAAAGAGUAGUUCAAGCUCACUAAUGAAAGAUGCGAAGAAUAUGGCAGUUAUUAGUGAGGAACAUAAAAGAGUGUUAAUUGGCCGAAUUCCUAUCAUGGUGAAGUCAAAUCUUUGCUACUUGAGCAGUCUAACUAGUAAAGAGCUACUUAAAGAGGGUGUUUGCUCGUUUGAUGUUGGAGGGUACUUCAUUAUAAAAGGGACUGAAAAGGUCUUUAUUGCACAAGAAGAACGGUGCACAAGUCGACUUUGGGUAUCAAAUAGUCCAAUCUGGAUGGCAAUUUACACACCUUGCACAAGUGGAUUUUUCAUGAACAAGAAUAAAGUUAUUGUCAAAGUCCUCGAGACAUCAAAAGAUGACAAAUGGUGUGCAGGAAGAAAAGUGAUUUCUGUUUAUUUCUUUGCAAUUACAGUUCCAGUUGUGCUUAUGUUUUAUGCUCUGGGUGUAGAAUCAGAUUUUGAGAUGAUGCAAAUGAUAGGAAUUGAAUUCAGUGAGUGUGAGGCAAGAGAGUUAUUGUUGUCAUCAAUUUAUAAGGCAGAGGCAGAGUUAAAAUGUUUUCGAAGAAAAGAAAAAGUUUGGGCCUAUAUUAAUGACCAACUUAAGAAUUGUAAAUUUCCAAAAGAUCAAGAUGCUGAAGAGGCUCUUCAGGCAUACCUUUUUCCACAUAUAUUGGGAUGUAAACAAAAAGCAAUGUUUUUAGGAUACAUUGUCAAUCGUCUUCUAUCAUCUUAUUUUGGCCAGAGACAUGUAGAAUGUAAAGAUGACUACAAGAACAAAAGGCUGGAACUAGCAGGUGAGCUGCUUGGUCGUGAACUACACGGAUUGGUUAGACAUUUUCGGAAUAGAUUGGCCAAAGGAAUUCAGAGAGAAAUCUCAGUGCGUGGGAAUAUGAAGUCAAUGGAUAUUUAUGCUGAUGCUUCCAUUAUCACAAAUGGUCUUUCAAGAGCAUUUUCUACAGGAAAUUGGUCUCACCCUCAUAAGUUCAAUGUCAAAUGCACAGGUGUUGUAGCAAACCUUAAGUCAACAAAUCCAUUGCAGAAUCUCUCUGAGAUGCGUAGAUUACGGCUUAGGGUUCAAUAUGCUGCCAAGCUAGGGGAUGCAAGAUAUCCAAAUCCUUCCUACUGGGGACGAGUUUGCUUCAUAUCCACACCUGAUGGUGAAAAUUGUGGACUAGUUAAGAAUUUGGCAGUUACAUGUGUUGUCAGCUUACAUUCUGCCCAAGAACCUAUCCUUGAUAUAUUGAAGGAAUCUGGAAUUAUAGUGAUUGAUAAUGUUUCCUCAUCAAAUUCCAAAGGUGCCACAAACAUUUUCAUCAAUGGAGAUUGGGUAGGAAUCCAUCAUGAUCCUGACUCUCUUGUAAAGAAAUUACGAAAUCUUCGUCGCAAGCAGUAUAUUCAUCCACAUGUUGAAAUUAAAAAAGAUGACAAGCAAAAUGAGAUCCGUAUUUUUUCUGAUGCAGGAAGACUUUUGAGGCCUCUUUUAAUUGUGAAAAAUCAAAGCCUAUGCAUAUCUAAACAGCAAGUUGAAAAAUUUAAGAAAAGUUGCAACCCUUUCAAGUAUCUCAUGAAAAAGGCCAUUGUGGAAAUAUUAGGAGUUGAAGAGGAAGAAGAUGCUCAAAUUGCUUGUGGGAUUGACAUUUUACUGAUGGCUGAAAAGAACCCAGACUAUCAGCAGUUUACUCAUUGUGAGUUGGAUCCAUCUUUUUUAUUAAGUCUGAAUGCUAGCAUCAUCCCCUUUGCCAACCGCAAUCUUGCAACUAGAACACUUCUCCAAUCAGAAAAACACUCAAGGCAAGCAAUAGGAUAUUAUGCAACAAAUUCCCGUACAAGGUGUGACACAACAUCUCAUCAAUUAUUUUAUCCUCAAAGACCUUUGUUUAAGACUAUGUCUUCUGAGUGCAUCAGGAAGGUGGAGCUCUAUAAUGGUCAAAAUGCUGUUGUUGCAGUCAAUGUUCAUUAUGGAUACAACCAGGAAGACUCAUUGGUUAUAAAUCAUGCUUCAAUAGAUCGUGGGCUAUUCCGAACCAUUCAUUUUCACACAUUCACAUCAGAGACAGACCAUGAUCACAGUGACUCUAAGAGUUCAUCUAGGCCAGAAGUAGAUUUUGGAAAGCCAAACACAGAAAAGCUCAGAGUAGAUAAGCUUGAUGAGGAUGGACUACCAUAUAUUGCCUCAAACCUUUAUAGUGGUGACAUUUUGAUUGGAAAGGUGGAUCCACAGUCAUCUGAUUCAAAUUUCAGCCUCAAGUUGAAACAUACAGAAAAAGGGAGGGUUGAUCAAGUUGUAAUGGCAAUCAAUGAUGAUGGAAGAAAAUUUGCGAGGGUAAGAUUAAGAGAAGUAAGAUGUCCAUCACUUGGAGAUAAGUUUUCCAGCAUGCAUGGUCAAAAAGGAGUUGUGGGGUUUAUAGAAGAGCAAGAAAAUAUGCCUUUCACAAAAGAAGGCAUUGUUCCAGAUCUUAUCAUCAAUCCACAUGCUUUUCCAUCUAGACAAACUCCAGGGCAACUUUUUGAAUCUGCCCUUUCAAAAGUGAUUUCUUCAAGUGGUGUUGUUCGUGAUGCUACACCUUUUAAAUCUAUGACAAUUGAGUAUAUCACUGAACAGCUUCACAGGUGUGGUUACGAACAGUGGGGUAAAGAACAGAUGUAUAAUGGACGGACAGGAAGUAAAAUGCGAUCAAAGAUUUUCAUUGGUCCCACAUACUACCAGAGGCUUGUACAUAUGGCAGAAGACAAAUUAAAAUAUCGGAAUCAAGGCCCCGUGCACCCUUUAACUCGACAGCCUGUUGCAGACCGAAAACGACAUGGAGGUGUUAAAUUUGGAGAGAUGGAGCGUGAUUGCAUGCUAGCACAUGGGGCAACUGCCAAUAUUUUGGAAAGACUAUUUUAUCUAAGUGAUUUCUCUAGAAUGCAAAUCUGUAGCCAGUGUCACAUGGUUGCAACAGUGGUUCUUAGAGAGGGCAUAAGAGGACCAUACUGUCCUUUCUGUAAAACUGCAAAACAUGUCGUAAAAGUAGAUGUUCCUUAUGCCUGCAAAUUGCUUUAUCAGGAAUUGUUCUGUAUGGGUAUAUGUCUAAAGUUUUCAACUGUAUUGUGUUGACUUGGAAUUAUAAUCAGUUUUAUACAAUGUAGACAUCAAAUAUAUCAGUACCAGUCUAAGUAACAGUUUAAAAGAACAUUUUCUAAACUUUGAUAAGUGCCUAAAACUAUCAAGUGGAAUUAAAAAAAAAACAAUUUGGUUUACCUUCAACCUAGCAUUGCUUAUACUGAAGCAGAAAAAUAUAUAUACUUAGCAUUGGACACUAUAAUGAAAUUUUGAUUUUUAUGACUUAA